AUGUCACUGGAGGUCCACCCCGCGUCCCCCACCGACGCGCCCGAACUCACGCAAGUCUUCUACGCCAGCUUCUGUAGCGACCUCGACAAAGCCAUGUUCCCAAACACGCCGGAUGUAACGGAAUGGUGGGAGAAAUAUUUGAGGGACGAAAUUACGCGCUCAAUUGCAGGCGAGACGUCCGAGGUAUUCUUCAAGGUGACGGAGGGGUCGGAGGGUGGCCCGAUUGUCGCGUUCGCGAAAUGGAAGCUUCCCGUUCCGGCUGCAGAUCGCGAUCGACACGAGGAACAGAUCGUGUGGCCUGCUAGUAGUGAUAAGGAGCUUUGCGAUCUUUUUUUCUAUGGAAUGGAGGGGCGACAUGAGAAGUGGAUGGGAGAGAGGCCUCAUUAUUAUCUGGAUAUGCUGGGUGUUCACUCUUCCCACCAGGGCAAGGGACUGGGGUCGAAGCUCCUUAAAUGGGGCCUCACGCGCGCUGAUGCUGAAGGUGUGGAGAUUUAUCUGUCUGCGUCUCCGGCUGGAAGACCCUUGUAUCAAAAAUAUGGAUUCCGGGAGGUUGAUACCUUCUCACCAUACCCCGACUACGUGCAGGUGGCGAUGAUACGCUCUCCCAAUGGCCUAUAG